ACGCCCGCCCCGGCCCCGGCGUCGGCUCCCGCCCCGGGUCCCUCGUCGGGGCCGCCCCUGGGGCCGCCAGCCUCGCUCCUGGACACCUGCGCUGUGUGUCAGCAGAGCUUGCAGAGCCGGCGCGAGGCGGAGCCCAAGCUGCUGCCCUGCCUGCACUCCUUCUGCCUGCGCUGCCUGCCGGAGCCCGAGCGCCAGCUCAGCUUGCCCAUCCCGGGGAGCAGCAACGGCGACGUCCAUCAAGUUGGUGUAAUACGGUGCCCAGUAUGCCGCCAAGAAUGCAGACAGAUAGACCUUGUGGAUAAUUAUUUUGUGAAAGACACAUCCGAAGCCCCUAGCAGUUCUGAUGAAAAAUCAGAACAGGUAUGUACUAGUUGUGAAGACAAUGCUAGUGCAGUUGGCUUUUGUGUAGAAUGUGGAGAGUGGCUAUGUAAGACAUGUAUCGAAGCACAUCAAAGAGUAAAAUUCACUAAAGAUCACUUGAUCAGGAAGAAAGAAGAUGUCUCAGAGUCUGUUGGAGCAUCUGGUCAGCGCCCUGUUUUCUGCCCUGUACACAGACAAGAACAAUUGAAACUUUUCUGUGAAACAUGUGAUAGACUAACAUGUAGAGACUGUCAGCUAUUGGAACACAAAGAACAUAGGUACCAGUUUUUGGAAGAAGCUUUUCAAAAUCAGAAAGGUGCAAUUGAGAAUCUGUUGGCUAAGCUUCUUGAGAAGAAGAAUUACGUUCAUUUUGCAGCUACUCAGGUGCAGAAUAGGAUAAAAGAAGUAAAUGAGACUAACAAACGAGUAGAACAGGAAAUUAAAGUGGCCAUUUUCACCCUUAUCAAUGAAAUUAAUAAGAAAGGAAAAUCUCUCUUACAGCAGCUAGAGAAUGUUACAAAAGAAAGACAGAUGAAGCUACUACAGCAGCAGAAUGACAUCACAGGUCUCUCCCGGCAGGUGAAACAUGUUAUGAACUUUACAAACUGGGCCAUUGCAAGUGGCAGCAGCACCGCACUACUAUACAGCAAGCGGCUGAUUACCUUUCAGUUGCGUCAUAUUUUGAAAGCUCGAUGUGAUCCUGUCCCUGCUGCUAAUGGAGCAAUACGCUUCCAUUGUGAUCCCACCUUUUGGGCAAAGAAUGUAGUCAAUUUAGGUAAUCUAGUAAUAGAGAGUAAACCAGCUCCUGGUUAUACUCCUAAUGUUGUAGUUGGACAGGUUCCUCCAGGAACAAACCACAUUAGUAAAACCCCUGGACAGAUUAAUUUAGCACAGCUUCGACUUCAGCACAUGCAACAACAAGUGUAUGCACAGAAACAUCAGCAGUUGCAACAGAUGAGGAUGCAGCAGCCACCAGCUCCUGUACCAACUACAACAGCAGCAACACAGCAGCACCCUAGACAAGCAGCCCCUCAGAUGUUACAGCAGCAGCCUCCAAGAUUGAUCAGUGUGCAGACAAUGCAAAGAGGCAACAUGAACUGUGGAGCUUUUCAAGCCCAUCAAAUGAGACUGGCUCAGAAUGCUGCCAGAAUCCCAGGGAUACCCAGGCACAGCGGUCCUCAGUAUUCCAUGAUGCAGCCACACCUCCAAAGACAACACUCAAACCCAGGGCAUGCUGGACCCUUUCCUGUUGUAUCGGUGCACAACACCACAAUCAACCCAACAAGCCCUACUACAGCAACUAUGGCAAAUGCAAACCGAGGCCCCACGAGCCCAUCUGUUACAGCAAUAGAACUUAUCCCCUCAGUUACUAAUCCAGAAAACCUUCCAUCCUUGCCAGAUAUUCCGCCCAUACAGUUGGAAGAUGCUGGCUCAAGUAGUUUAGAUAAUCUGCUAAGUAGAUACAUCUCAGGCAGUCACCUACCACCACAGCCUACAAGCACCAUGAAUCCUUCCCCAGGACCCUCCGCCCUGUCUCCAGGAUCAUCAGGCUUAUCCAAUUCUCACACACCUGUGAGACCUCCUAGUACUUCCAGUACUGGCAGUAGAGGCAGCUGUGGGUCAUCAGGAAGAACUACUGAGAAGACAGGUCUUAGUUUCAAAUCUGAUCAAGUGAAAGUCAAGCAGGAACCUGGGACUGAGGAUGAGAUAUGUAGCUUUUCAGGAGCUGUGAAGCAGGAGAAGACUGAGGAUGGGAGGAGGAGUGCCUGCAUGUUGAGCAGUCCUGAGAGUAGCUUGACACCACCUCUGUCAACCAACCUGCAUCUAGAGAGUGAGUUGGAUGCGUUAGCAAGCCUGGAAAACCAUGUGAAAGCUGAACCUACAGAUGUCAGUGAAAGCUGCAAGCAGUCGGGGCUCAGCAGCCUAGUUAAUGGCAAGUCUCCAAUUCGAAGCCUCAUUCACAGGUCAGCAAGGAUUGGAGGAGAUGGCAACAACAAAGAUGAUGACCCGAAUGAAGACUGGUGUGCCGUCUGCCAAAAUGGAGGGGAUCUCUUGUGCUGUGAGAAGUGCCCAAAGGUCUUUCAUCUAACUUGCCAUGUUCCAACACUUCUUAGCUUUCCAAGUGGGGACUGGAUAUGCACAUUUUGCAGAGAUAUUGGGAAGCCAGAAGUUGAAUAUGAUUGUGAUAAUUUACAACACAGCAAGAAGGGAAAAACUGUACAGGGAUUAAGCCCAGUGGACCAAAGGAAAUGUGAACGUCUUCUGCUUUAUCUCUAUUGCCAUGAAUUAAGUAUUGAAUUCCAGGAGCCAGUUCCUGCUUCGAUACCAAACUACUAUAAAAUUAUAAAGAAACCAAUGGAUUUAUCCACCGUGAAAAAGAAGCUUCAGAAAAAACAUUCCCAACAUUACCAAAUUCCAGAUGACUUUGUGGCUGAUGUCCGUUUGAUCUUCAAGAACUGUGAAAGGUUUAAUGAAAUGAUGAAAGUUGUUCAAGUUUAUGCAGACACACAAGAGAUUAAUUUGAAGGCUGAUUCAGAAGUAGCUCAGGCAGGGAAAGCAGUUGCAUUGUACUUUGAAGAUAAACUCACAGAGAUCUACUCAGACAGGACCUUCGCACCUUUGCCAGAGUUUGAGCAGGAAGAGGAUGAUGGUGAGGUAACUGAGGACUCUGAUGAAGACUUUAUACAGCCCCGCAGAAAACGCCUAAAGUCAGAUGAGAGACCAGUACAUAUAAAGUAAAAUAACAUGGACUUAAAGCAAUUGUUUAAAAAGGAAGAAAGAAAAAAGCCUUUUAUUUAAGUGUUGCUGGACUAUAUCCCGCCUUUAGUGGGCAUCUCCUUGAAGAACCUGAUAGCUUUUACACAGUAUUAGAUUGAAAUAAUGGACAGAAGACAUUCUUGUCAAGAAAAGUGAAGAGAAUUCUGUUUGCAACUUUAAAGUAAAACAAGGAAAAGAAUGAAAUGACUUUUGAGGAUUUGAUUAAAAAGGAUGGUUCUUUGUUAGAAGUUGCAAAUGUUGAUGAUCACGUGGUAUUGAUUGGUUCAGGAUACUGGGUGUACAAGUAAAUACACAAGGCUCAUGCUACUUGAUAAAUUGUCUUUGGAUUAGAGCUCAGUUAUUAAAGAAAAAUCUGUAAGCAUCCACUUCACACACAUAGCAUACUGGGGUUUUUUAGUUUAAAAAGUAGUUCAGAUUUCAUUUAAUCUCUGUGGAAAUAUGCAUUGAAUCAUGCCAUUAUAUUUUUUCUCAUUUUCAUACUAUUGAGAACUCAACAGUACUUUUACUUUCUAUUUAUACAUACGAUCUAGGAAAUACAAACAUUUGUUUUGCCCUCAGUGGUCUACUGAAAUAAAAGCGGCACCUUUUCAGUAGUAGAUCAUAGAGUUACAGUUGACAUUUCCAGAAAAUACUUUCACACAACUGCACUUCCCAGUCAAAUCAUGUGAUCAUAACAGCUAUUCCUGUGAAAGGCAGAAUGUUUUAAAAUUAAUCUUGUUUUCUGUACAUUUAAAUUUGAUUGAGAAGGUGACAACUGGCUCUCAUCCAGUCUUCCUUCCUAACAGUUUUCCGAUAGACCACUAUUGGCAAACAGUAAUCUGUCAACUACCAAAUGUGUAAAAUUUUCUGUAUUUCACUUUGUCUUAUUUGUAAAUAAUGAACUAAAACUUCUGGCAGAUCAGCAACAUUUGCUGAGGCUGUUUUUUAAGCUAAUGUGUAUUCUUACUAAUGUUCCUAUCAAGAAUGGAUUUGUAACAUAUGCUGUCUAUUUCUAAUGUUCACAUUCAUAUUUUGAAGUUCUAUCUUAUUUUAAUAGAGAACAGACUUCUCAAAAUCUUCAGAAGCAGCUUAUUAUUGAAAUAUCAAAAUAUUAAAAUAAACCCGGUGGGGUUAGAUCACUCAUCUGUCCACCAAGUGGGACAUUUGCAUGGACUGGGGGCUUAAAGAAGAGACCUGUAAGUAAAUCCGGAAAAUGAGCCAAUCCCCACUUGAAUGGUGACCGGAGUAAACCCGCCUUUUACUACCCUGAUUACAGUACCUGAGGCAGAUAAACGAACUUGGCUCUGGUGCAUUUCUCUGCUCACUUGUGACCCUGACAUUCAAGGUGUGUGUUCUAGACUGUGUACAGGCUUCUCUUACGGUGGGUUAAAAAUCUUAGUCCUCCUUUUGUAUGGACGCAUUAGAGUACAACGUGACCAAAAUAGAGGAAUUUGCCAUUAGAUACUUUUCAGACAUCAGCAGGUUUGUGGCAAAUCAUUUGCCUUUUUAAAAAAUUCAGCUAAGCAGUUCAGACCGUAGACUACUCAGAACAUUAUUUGACAUACUUAUCUAAGAAGUAAAUAUUUUUUAGUGCAUAUUGAAUCAAAUAAAGUGCUCUAAAGAAAUUAUUAUACAGAUUCUUUUGGGUUUUUCUUUUCUUAAGGGGUGGGGAAUAAACAGGAAUAUGAUUCAGACCUGAUGGUGUACUUAAACAGUAUUGAUUUUAUUAUUUCUUAUUUACUUUAUCUUCCGACUUUCUUCUAGCUUUUCUUUUCUGUUAUAAAUUAAGCUUUAAAACAUAUACCAAGCUGUUUUAUCAUUUUACUGAAAUUUCAGAUUCCUAAGAUUUUUUUUUAAAGGGGGAAGAAAAUUUUAAAAUACUUUUAUCUGUCCCUCUUUUCCACAUGUGUGACCUCAGUUAAUAAGCAGACAUGUAUCUAAGGGCACAGUUUUGGAAAAUGAAGACUAGCAGCAUGACUUUGUUUUGUUAGACCGUUGAGUUCUUCUAUUUUGUGGUAUUCUUCAUGUGAGUACUUUUCAGACACCCUAGGUAAUAAGUCGUAAGCGGGUUCUGCCAAUUGGAGGGAGAGACAAAUUUUAUUAACUAAAUAUUUCUCAGUGUCUGGAGCCCUAAAAGGUAAUGUGCUCCUUUAGAAAACAUUGUCAUGCUAGAGUUUUUAUUCUUUUAAUAUUGGUUAAGUUGUUAAAUUUAAAAAAGCAUUUUAUUGUCAACAUUUAAUAGGCUCCAUUUCUAUUAACAGAAAGUAGUUCUGACUGCUGAGGAAUUAGUAUUACAUAAUAGCUGUGAGCAUGCCACCAUUAAAUGAAAAUGCUCACUUUAAGUUUCAUUUAACCUUUUUUCUUGAAUACUGGUCAUUGGUUUCUAAACUCAUUUGUUCAGCUCUAACUGGUUAAAAAGUAUAAAAUUUAAGUUGACGUUCAGUUAUUUUGUAUAUUUUCCCUGGUAAUUUAUGUUUUAAAAAGAUAAAGAUAGACAGUAUCAGUUCCUGAAGUCAGUUGUUCUGAUACACUCUGUUUGUAUUCUUUGUUAAGAGCUAGUAUUUUCGAUUUGUAAAACAGUUCACAUUAUACUACAGUAUUUCCUUAAAAGCUUUCUAUGUUUUUGCCACAGUUCCGUUUACUUCUCCCAUCAGAAAAACUAAGUGUUCUUCAGUCUAUUCUAACCUGAGUUUGUGUUUUUCAGCACUUGGCUCAGCCAGUUCACUGAGUGAAGGAAUUGGUUUGCAAGAUGCAGUACCUGAAAAUUUCAAAGUAUAGGUCAUGCUCUGUAUGAAAACGUCAGAGCAUUGCUAUAGAAACAUAAGGCAUUACAUCUGCCAGUGAAAUGAUUCUUUUUGGAAUUAAUAAACUGGUCCUUUCAGACUUCUGUUUCUAACACAAGGGAAUUUUAGAUAAUUUUUGUUUUAACAAAUUUGGUUUUAAGAUUUUUAGUUAACCCAAAGAAAUAAUGCUGUGAAGUGUCCAAAUUGUAGAUUUAUCAGUUACCUCAGCAGUGUCCUGCCGUGUAAUUAUUAGUGAUUGCUGUUAGUGAGCCUGUAGAUUCAGGUUUUCCAACUCUGCCCUUGUGCUGUGGCCUGCCAUAUAUUACUGAGGGGUCUCUUACUGUCCAAAUGGGAGUAGAUUCUAUGGCCCCUCUUUCUUAGCCUUUACAUCCUGUAUCCACCCUUACUCAUGUACAUGAAAUAUAAAAAUUUUAUUUCCUGUCGAAGUCAGCACUGUUCAUUUGCAUACUUAACGUUGGAUCAGUAAUUUUAUAAAAAUCUGCCCACCCAAUUUCCUCAAUUAAAACAAUGAAGUUCUUAAUUCAUAUCAGGAAUUCUUAAUUUAUGCAACCUAUCUUAAUUAUCUGCUGAAGGUGAGUCAAGAUUUUCCAGGUUUAUUACAGUGGGAUCAUAUACCAGACCUAGAGGUUAAUUUUUUUUUUCCUCCCAGUUAUCGCCUCCUUGAUAAAGCAAUAACACUGCUUUAAGUCUGUUGCCUAAUAGCAUGUCAUAAUCCUCUCCUGGAUGGUGAUUUUAUAGGAAAGUUUGUAUGCAUAUCACCCACUCUAUCUUUUAAAAAAGUUAAGAAAUUUAAAUGUAUGCUGGAGGUAAUGACAAUAUAUUGUGGCAUUUUAUUUUAAAAAUUGGGGAAAGUUGCAUAUUUUUUUAAAAGUAAGUGUUUGAGUAAAAAAAAUUGAAGGUACUUUUUUAAGGAAAAAAAUUUAUAUGCCACAGUUUACAUAGACAUUUCAGCUUUCAACAUGUACUCUUAGAUAUGACAGCUUCUUUUACUUGGCCAAAUGCAUGUUUUACUCGGUCAAAAUGCAUUUCUUCCAUCUUAGUUUCUUAUGUUUCUUACAUGGCCCUUUAUAUAUUUUUGUUGUAUCUUAAAAAUAAAAUUAUCUUCAAAAAUAAGUUAUUUGGGGCAUAUGUGUCAUAUCAAACUACAGAAUGUAUAAAAUUAAGUUUAGCCCUUUUCUAGCAAGUGAUCUUUAAAAAUUGAAAAUACUGUUCUUUUAAAUCUACCAAAUCUAUAUUUGGGAAGGCACCAAGAUGAUUUGUAAGUGCCACUGUAAUAUUCCCAUUCAAUUAUGGCCAAAAUCUCAUCCUUAAGGAUGAAACGCAUGUCUGCUCCUGGUCUGAAACCUGUAGGCAUUUACUAUGUUUUAAAACAACAAAACAUGUACAUAGCCUAUAAAAAAAGAUUUGUGCAAUUGGAAAACGUGUUAAUUUUUCUAUUUAGGCAUCCCUACAUACAAAAGGGUUAAAUUCAUAGCCUUACUAGUCCCUUGCUUCCAGUACUUCAACUGGUAUCCUCCCCCUUAUUAUUAUUACUACUACUACUGUUAUUUUUGCACAUAGUUAACUACCCUUCAAUAUGAUUCUUUUUAAAAAAAAGUGCUGUUUCUGUGAUAUUGUAUUCGCUAAAUGAUCAUAUUUAAUUUUUUAAACAAGGUUGCAGUUUCUAAUUGUUAUGUUCUUGUGUUUUUUGCUGGUGUGUAAUAAAAGCAAAUUUUUUCUUUUCAUGGUUAUUUAAUACGUUAGCUGCCUGUAAAUAAUUCUUGUUAUAAUGCUCUGGAAUGUGUUGUAGAAGUUGUAUUAGAUUAGUUUAAAGCUUUGUUUGAAAACCACAUUGUUUUGGUUAUUUCUAUUAAAUUAGAAAAUUGAAAAAG